GAGUAGAGCAGCACAGUAGCUGCCAGCCAGCCGAGACGGGACAGCAGCAGCCAGAACAACCACAGCUGAGGCUGAGCUGAGCUCUCCCCCCAUCCCUCACUCCCAGAUCGACUGUCCAGUAAAAAGAAGCACACAGAUUCUUUCUUCAUCGGAGUUGGAGGUAGGGGAGAAAACAACAGCGACGCCCGAGAUGUGGUGAAAGAGAGGGCUUGGCUUUGGCAAACAAAGAAAGAAAGAAAGAAAAACAUCACAAGAAAAGCAUGCACAAAGGAGGCGACCAGUAGCCCCCCUGCUCCUGCUCCGCAUCCGCCUCCAAUUAUUCGGGGAGAGAUCAUGGCGGCGGUCAUGGAUUUGGAUCUCAACUGCUCGCCGCCGGAGCCGGAACCGCCAGUCCAGCAGGGCCACCACCGCCUCCAGCGCGCAAUGCUCCGCCAAGAACACACCUUCCGCCACCAGGUGAAGGACCUGCAUCGGAUGUAUUGGUCUCACAACAAUCUCCCGAACGGUAGGCCCUUCUGGGAGCAGCAACCCGGCAAUGUGUUGUAUGCUCGGCAUUCCCUGGAUGGUUCUUCUCGCAUGAUGGAUUUGAAUGAAAGCGAAACUCAUCCAGAUAUGUCGCGUCGUUUCUAUGAGCUAGGGGCAGAGAAUCUGGGUGGCGAGGGUUCUUCCAGGAGAAAACCUGAUCAUGGCGGUGGACAGGGGAGGUCUGGCUACCGCCCUAUGAUUGAUUUAGAGAGACCGGCAACAUCGGAAGAUGACGAUGAUGUGGAGAUUAUUUCUUCUGCCCGGUUCAGUGACUACACCAACCGCAAAGGUUCAACUGGAUCUAGUGAUACCCCAGACAGUCAUUCACCUGUCAAAGAAAAGAUUACUGCAUCUGGAGGCAUGCUUAUUGACCUGAAUGUUGCUCAAGAAAAUGAUUUCAGUGGUUUCGCUGAUCCUUCGAAAGUGUUCUGUUCUCUUUUGUCUAGUUCAAGUACAAUACAGUCUGGCGAAUGCUGCGGUAACUCCAGCAAAGCAUUCCACAUGGCAGGCGAAUCUAGCGUUGGAUCAUCAAAAGGGUCCUCGAUCACAGUUGUAACAUCCAUCUCUGCUCCAGAUAGCGCCAGGAAAGUGAUAGCUGCAGGAUUUUGUGACCCUCAGAGCAGUUCUCAGCCUUUCCAUGUUGACGCUUCUAAACAUGUCACGCAUUUCAGAGGAAAUAUCCAGCAUCACCAUACACUACACGACGUUUCGGGAUUGAGUUCUCAGGGUAACAUGGGAUUUCCUCGUGAAGCAUUCUCAGUUGGGUCAGGUGGUAGAAAUGCUUCUUCUGUUGAAAAUAGGGAUAACCAAAGGGGUUUUGACUUAAAUGGUGAAAUGGAGGGUUUUGACUUAAAUGUGUCAGUUGGAAGCAUCGAGUUGCCAUCAACGAUAGCCAGCAGUUUGAGUGAGAAUCAUUUGAAUGGUGAUGGUAGUGAAAAACUUGCAUCCAGCCUUUACUUCACUGAAAAUGAGGGCCAGCGAAACGUUUCUUCCGUUGAAAGUCCAACUAUCAGAGAUUGUCGCGAGGCUGAUAGUAUCGAUGGCAACAGUGUACGGUCACCAGAAUCUGGAAUUGCAACUAACAGACAAAUUUCGAUUCCAGAAACUCCUCAAGGCCGUGACUAUGCUUGUCCAAGAUUGAGACCGUCGAGCAACACAGCACCAACUAAUCUGGAUACUACCAGCAUGCACCAACCAGGUACAGAAGAAGAUGAAAAAAUCGCAGCCACGGCAGCCGAGACGCUUGUUUCCAUAUUCACGGAUAACUCUGCAUGGAUCACAGACAGCCGCUGCAGCAACAACAAGACAGAUGACCGGGAAGCAAGCGACGAACCUCAGGUUUCACUGGAUUCUUUCGAGGAAGGUGUGAUGAACCUGGAGCAGAUGAGAGACGACGCUGACUCGAUCCCCGUGAGAGCACCGGACAAGGACGGGCCGUCCUGUGGGAUUAAGCUGAAGAGAGGAAGAGGAAUGAGAGACUUCCAGAGGGAGAUACUGCCCGGGCUCGUCUCCCUGGCCAGGCACGAGAUAUGCGACGAUUUGCAUGCUAUAGGGUACGAGCUCAGGAAGACUCGGAGGAGAAACCCUGGGGACAAGUAUGCCCCGUCGACCCGAUCACGACUACCUAGACGCUGUUCUAAUGCAUGGAAUUAAAUGAGAAUUUUUCAUGUCGACGCACCAGUACUCUGGGUCGUAUCUCACAAGCGCCGAGAAACAGAAGGUUUAGGUGAGUUCAAAGGACAAUUGUAAGUUUCUAACCAGCUCUGUGAAUAUUGCUGCGUAUGAAGCUCUAGCGGAAGACCCCGGUGUGUCGCUGCUAGCCAUCAUUCGGUCGGAGAAGGAUUAUUUUUUUGGCUAAAAAUCUACAGGCUUCGCGACGACGCUGAGAAGUGCUAGAUUGUGCCUUUGGUAGACGCAGAUUUAUAUUUAGCAAGUGAUGGUAAACCUGAAACUUUUCUUUUUGUAACCUGGAACCUUUGGAUGGAUUGAUGCUCCAUAGAACAAGGCUCCCUGUGUGUACAUCGUUUACUGUAUCUGUUAGGAUAAUUGCUGAGCUGCCAUAUGAGGAAUUGUGGUCCAAAUAUUUGCCCUGUGGGAAAAAGCAUCGAAGUGGAACAUAUUUGUCAA